AUGGGUCGAUAUAUGGGCCUCAGGGGCAAUGCCCUCCUACGCGCUGCCGUCAUGCUGGUGGUGUGCCCGACAUUCACCUGCUAUGGUUACAACAUGAGUGUGGCUGGUGGUCUUCUAACCCUCGAGUCAUUCAAUACCCAAUUCCCCCGAAUGCAGACUAUCAAUGUGCCGGAUGAUGUGAAGGCGGCCAAUUCGCUGAUCCAAGGUACCGUCAUCGCUCUCUAUACCGUCGGAGGUAUCUUCGGUGCGCUAUCAUGUGUCUAUCUGGGAGAUCUAUGGGGCCGACGCAAGGUGAUCUUCAUCACCAACUUCGUGACUAUCAUCGGCGCAAUCCUCAUGGCAUCUUCGUUCCAAUUCGCUCAAUUCAUCGUCGCGAGACUGGUGCUCGGUCUAGGAAUUGGUGGAUAUGUAGCCACCGUCCCUGUGUGGCAAUCGGAGAUCUCGCCCGCUCAUAAGAGAGGUUCGAACGUCGUGACAGAUGGUAUCUUCGUGGGUCUGGGUGUGACGGUGGCCCUGUGGAUCGAUCUCGGCUUCUACUUCGUCAAAGACAACUCCGUCUCCUGGCGUUUCCCUCUCAUCUUCCAAGUCGUCAUGUCCAUCACCGCCAUGAUCUUCAUCACCAUGCUUCCCGAAUCCCCCCGCUGGCUGAUCAAGACCGGACAAGUCGAGAAGGGUCGUGAAGUGCUCUCCGCUCUCCUCGACGAAGACGAGCACUCCGCCGCCGUCAACGAAAGCGUCACCAACAUUGAAGCAUCUCUCGCAUACUGUGGCUCCGGAAAGUGGACCGACAUGUUCAAGAACGGCCCCAACCGCAUCUUCCAUCGCGCCUACCUCGCCGCCACUGGCCAGAUGUUCCAACAGAUGUGCGGUGUCAACCUGAUCACCUACUACGCCACCACCAUCUUCGAACAAUACCUCAAAAUGACGGCCGUGCAGUCUCGCAUCCUCGCCGCUGCAAUGGGUCUCAUGCAGCCAUUCGGUGGCUACCUAGCCUACUACACCAUCGACCGACUGGGUCGUCGACCCCUCAUGCUCUGGAGCGCAGGCGCCAUGGCAAUCUGCAUGGCCGGUCUGGCUGGCUGCACCGAUCCCAUUGCCGCAGACAACACGGGCGCCCUUGCAAUGGCCGUGGUCUUCCUCUACUGCUUCCAGUUCAUCUUCACAGUCGGCUACUCCGGUCUGACAUUCCUAUACGCGGCCGAGAUGGCACCUCUGCAGGUCCGCGCGGCCGUCAGCGCCGUCUCCACCGCUACCGUGUGGGCGUUCAAUUUCCUGCUUGCGGAGAUCACGCCGGUCGGAUUCGACACAAUUGGCAGUCGCUACUAUAUCAUUUUCGCUGUGAUCAAUGCCGCCAUUGUCCCCAGCGUGUAUUUCUUCUUCCCUGAGACUAAGGGUCGAUCACUGGAGGAGAUUGAUGAGAUCUUUGCACAGUCGAAGAACAUCUUCGAUCCCCCGAGAGUGGCCCGCGCUAUGCAGAGCCGGGUCGUGCAUAUUGGUGAGACGAACUCUGAUGCUGAGAAUACGGGGUCUAAUGAUGAUGUUAUUAAGGAGGAGGUCAAGGCUUGA